AUGUAUAACGGCAUUGGAUUGCAAACAGCUCGUGGAUCGGGCACAAAUGGAUACGUGCAAGCUAAUUUAGCCAACUUAUUGCUCUCGAAGAAACGAGUGGCGUAUAACUCUGAAGCAGAUAUUAAACGAGCUGAGGCUGAAAUUAACAAACAGCCGAACAAGGAACUGUUGGAACAUAACCGUAAACGACAUAUCGAAUUGAAAUGCGCUGAUUUCGAAAUGCUUAUGGAAAAUAAAGGAUUCGAUGAAGCUGAAAUCCAGAAAAAAGUGAAUGAGUAUCGAAAACUUCUUCAAAGUCAGGUAGAAUCCGGAGAACUAGACAUAGAUGCAGAAAUGGACAGUCGUGAUACGCAUGUCCGUGCAAAGGCUGCUAUGGAGAAUCGUGACCGGAUGCGUUCUGCACUUGGAAUUAAAGACGAUUUUAUUGAUGGGACGUCUUUCGAAAAGUUAAAUAAAAGCGUUGACUUGAAAGUGGACGAAAUUGAACAAGACGGUAGUAAAGAAAAGAAAAAAAAGGAUGACGAAGUGAAAAAAAGUGAGAAAAAACGAAAAACGGCAGAGUCCUCGUCAUCUUCCUCGUCUUCAUUAUCUGAGGAAUCAUCCGAUAACUCUUUGGAAUAUAGUUCAGAUAGCGACGACAGUUCAACUAAUUCAGUUCAUGAAUCUAGCGGUAGUAAUUCAAGUGAAGUAUCAGAAGCUAAAGUACAAAUGAUAUUUAAAGACAUAUCUCAUAAAGAAAGGAAUUUGACGGAAAAGAUCAAGGAAUCCAGAGAAGUUGAACCUUCAAGUGAUCGACGCGAUGCUUAUAAUGCUAGUGGCUUUGUUGAUCGUGAAAAGCGCCGCAGACGUGAUUCACCUGAUCAUUACGACCGUUCUUAUCGUCAUCAAAGUCACAGUGAUGACCAUUUUGACUAUCGAAGGUCUAGUCGAUCAUACGGGUACGAUGAUGGAGGACGGCGUGACAGACAUCCUAGGCGUAAUGAUCAUAGAAGUGAUUGGCAUCGUCGAAACGAUUCAGGAAGUGAUCGACGUCGGAAACAUGACCGUGACGAGAAAAGAAAUCACCGUGAAAAAGGAAGGUGUUCGCGUCGUACUUAUCAAUAUUCUCCAGAUUCAGAUACUGACCGCAAACAAAAACAUCAUAUUUUAGGUCAUAGUGACGGAGAAGGCCAGGAACAAUUUAAAAAGCAUAGUUCGAGUGUGGAGGAGGAUAAACGUCGUAGGUCAAAGUUGAGGGAAAUCAUUCCAGAUACAAAAGAUAUAAAAGCAGAACCUGCACUGAGUCCCGAUAGCAUGUCUUCGAAAAAAAAUCCUUCAUUAAUUGCACCACCGUUCUGUGAGGAAUCGAAUGGCAAUGCUAGAAAUAAAACUCCAGUUUUAGAUUCCAGUAUUACUGAAAUAGCUUUGCCAGAGAAACAAUUUACGGAUGUUGUUAAAAUGGAAAUUGAUGUCCAGGAGUCAAAAAUGAAGAUUCUUGGCUCUAAUGAAGGUAAAGAAAAAGUGGAACAAAGUUCAGGCCACAAACGAUUGCAUCGACAUUCAUCAGAGAUUAGCGACAGUUCGCAGAAAAGAUACCGGCAUGAUACUCCAGAAUCUGAAGAUAAAAGCCGAAGCAGUUCUAGUUCCAAUGAUGAAUUCCUGCAUCAUUCAGGUAGUACACAUAGUUCUACAACAUCAUCAAAUGGUGAUGCAACUGAAAAUAUCUUGAACGGGAAUUCAGAUGAGAUACACUCACCUUCUCAUUCUCCUGAACCAGUACCGGAUACAAGAGAUCAGAAUAAAAAGCUUGAAAGUCGUGAAAAGAAAAUUCAUUUACUAAGGGAUGGUAAUGAGAGAUCUGAUUCUGACAAGCACAGAUUACGCAGAGAUUCUGUUGACGACAACCACAGACAGCAUUGGUCAAGAAGUUCACAUUUUUCGAGAUUGGAAUCUGACCAUGGUAAACACAGACAUCGUUACUCAGGUGAUUUUCACAAACACAGGAGGCAUCACGUCGAGUCAAGUGGAUCGAAAUUGCGCCGUUCAGAAAGUCACGAGUCCAGACAUCGUAGUCAUCAUCGUUCUACUUCUAGGCCUCAUAGAUCAUCUAGACGGAAAUCACAUUCCAACGAUUCAUUAUAUAAAAGACAUCAUGAAGAGAGAUCCAGAACUCAUCAUUCCAAACGUCAAGUAAGCAGAAGCCGUAGUAGACCAAGACGCUAUCGUAAACAUUCCACUGAAAGCCGAAGAAGCGCCUCUUGCCGUGUUCGCAAAUCUGCAAGUAGUUCUCAAAAGCGACCAUAUUCUCCAAGAACAAACAACAUAAAAUCUGGAAGCACAGAAAGCAGUAGUGAAGACGAAGUGCGUAUUAGACGUCGACGACAUGAUACUUCUAGCUCGAAGGAUGAAAGAGAUAAAGAUAGUCUUGAUGAAAAACAAUCUUAUCAUUCCAGUGAAAGCUGCAGUAGUUCUUCAAGCAGUAGCCAAUCACCGGUAGAAAGAAGUGGCAAACACUCGAAUAAUUCUGGAAAGAAGCAACGUUAUCAACGUGCGUUACGUGAACCAAUUGAUGAAAGCGAUUGA